CGCGCGAUCCGGUGACGUCACGCGAGUCGAAGCGAAGGCGGCCGUUACUCGGGCUUCGUGAAGAAGCGGAGAAGAAGCGAGAGAACGAGGGCAGAGACAGAGAGAGGGGGGUCAAACGACGACGAUCAUGUCGCGAAUUUACCUGGGGAACCUGAGCUACAGGGCGCGCGACAAGGACAUCGAGCGCUUCUUCAAGGGCUACGGCAAGAUCGUGGAGAUCAGCAUCAAGCACGGGUUCGGCUUCGUGGAGUUUGACGACACCCGCGAUGCCAACGACGCCGUGUGCGAGCUGAGCGGCCGCGAGCUCUGCGGCGAGCGCGUGGUCAUCGAGCACGCCCGCGGGCCCAAGCGCGACCUGCACGGAUACGGGGGCGGCGGCGGCGGCGGCGGUGGCGGCGGCGGCGGCGGCGGCAGCAGCAGCGGCGGAGGAUAUGGGGGUACGGACUCUGGGCCCUCUGGCACAUUGACCCAAUCUCGAAGCGGGGCUGGGACAGGCAGCAUGGCGUUCCGCCACGGUCCCCCUCCUCGCACCGACUACCGCCUGGUUGUGGAGAACGUCUCCAGUCGCUGCAGCUGGCAGGACCUCAAGGACUACAUGCGGCAGGCGGGCGAGGUGACGUACGCGGACGUGCGCGGGGACGAGGGCGUGGUGGAGUUCCUGACGUACGCUGACAUGCGCCGCGCGCUCGACAAGCUCGACGGCUCCGACAUGUACGGCCGCAAGAUACGGCUCACGGAGGAGCGCAGCUUCUCCCGGCGCCGCCGCUCGCGCUCCCGCUCCCGCACGCGCUCUCCACGGCGCCGAUCCCUGAGCCGCAGCAAGAGCCGCCGCUCGCGCUCCAAGUCGCGCUCACGAUCGCGCGGCAAGGCAAGUCGCCGCUCCAAGUCGCGCUCUCGCUCCAAGUCGCGUUCCCGAUCCAAGUCGCGUUCCCGCUCCAAGUCGCGUUCGCGCUCCAAGUCGCGCUCUCGCUCCAAGAGCCCCGUCGUCAAGGGCAGCCGCUCGCGCUCCAAGUCCCGCUCUCCGCCACGGAAAAUGAUGCGGUCGCCAUCCCGCUCGCCGCUCAAGCAGAACGGCGGCGGCGCCGAUGGGGACCAGGGGGGGGCCCAGCGCCAGGCCGGCUCGCGCUCCCGCUCGCCGGCGCGGUCCAAGUCUCGCUCGCGCUCGCCGGCGCACUCUUCGUCGCCCAUGCGCUGUCGCUCCACCUCGCCCCGCGAUUGAAAAACUUCCCCUUUUAUCUGACCUCUGACCCCUUUCUAAAGACCCCGCAGAUUCCAUUGGCCCAGGCGCCUACCCCCUCCCCCCAUUUACCUGUUGAGUUAAUUUUGUUUCUUUUCUAGUUUUAUUCACUACCAGCUCGCAAUUUUUUUGUUAUGAAUAUUAACCUCUUUAGAUUUGUGUUACGCUUCAGCAGGAUUAAAGAUUCAGCGGCGUUAGAUUAAUCGAGUUACAAUCCUAAAAUAAAACUACAAAAGUUAUUAUUACAUUUUCCAUACAAAUGAACGCCAGGGAGAGGGGGGUUUCAGGCACCGGUCCCCACGUUGCGACGUUUUAAUCUUUUUCCCUUGCGGUGGGUGGGCACGGUAUGUUCGUUGUGAAGUCAGUGUUGCAUUGUGGGGUGACGUGGCACCGCAGGGCAUGGUAGCCGCAAGUGAGAUGGAUGGGCCCCCAGUCGAUAGUGGUGACUUUAGGAAAUGUCCAACCCCUACACACUCCCCACCGAAAGUCCCACUUUGCACGCUCGGUGUUUAAAGUGUUGCCAUGGUUACCAUCGUCAUUCCUGUCCUAACGCAGUUUUCUCUUUGUGCUAAACCAAACAAAAAAACGUGUAAUUUGUCGCCACUGCCACGAGUGAGACCUGCGGAGGUCAACGCUCCCAAACGAACACCCCCACGUGUGCCCCCACGCUCCCCAGCGUCCGCUUGCUCCCUCACGCCACCCGUGUCCCCCUGCCCCCCGCAGCCUGCUCCCCUUUGCUCCCCCUGUGAUUGUGAAACACGCCUCAGUCUCACCCUGGCAUAGUCUCGUCCUGGAACAAACGGUAGCGCCUUGGCAGUCGUUCAUUUCCAGUGUCACGCCUGCGAUUUAAUUUCCUUUGCAACGUGCGAGUAAAUGGUUUAUUUUAGCGGUGUAUUGCGUAAAACCCUAAUUGCUUUUAGCAGGGAGGGAGAGGGUUCUCGGUUAAUGAAGUCUCUCCUUAAAAGGAUAUGAGAGUUGACCGGCAGUCAAAAUCAACUUUCUAAAAUUGUCGUUAAUCAAACACAUUUCUAGUGCCCUCCCCCGUCCACCGCCAACCUCCGUUGUUGCUUUUUCCAGCGCUAGUUCCGUUGUCCCCCGCUGAUAGCUUCUCGCGAAGACGACCUUCGAAAGGACGUCUGCGUGCCGCGUGGGCGCCGCGUGGGCACCGAGCGGACGAGGUUUGUGUUUGGUGUUCCCGUGCCGCUCGCUCGCCGGCUCGGUCACUUCGCGACGAGUCGCUCUCGCGAUGGCUCUUGGACGAGCCGUCCACCACGACGACACAUCCCGGCGUGGUCGAUGUGUGCCCAUGGUGGUGGGUGACGAGGUGUGUUAUGGUGUGGUUGGCUUUGUCCCGUCGUGGAUGACACAUCCGGUCCACACUUGGCUGUGAAUGCUUGUCCCCCCCCACUACCCCUGUAACCGUGUGGGCGGUGCAUGUCAGCCUGGGAAAUUUGCAGCGCUAGCAUCGGCGUGUGCUCUGGCAGUGCUUCUCCUUAGGGAUUCAUCAUGCGUAAUAGCCACCCUCCAACAGCAGAAAAGAAAUCGGCUGGGAGCAAAUGAAUUACAGCGGCUCGCUGUGUCGUGAGUACAGCUCUCUUCAUUUUCCAGGUAGUGAGAGGUGGAAGGGGGAUUGGGCCGAGAGACCCCUUGAUCAUCUUAGAGGUCCUGUCCUGUUCUCUGAAACCGUGGGGAUGCCGAGACCUCGGUGGGAGGUUUUUUUUUUCGGACAUUUCACCAGCCUCGACUGCAUCCCGUCGAUGUCGGCUUCGGGAAAUGUCAACGUCGCCGUGUCGCAUAGUGCCGCAGCGCGUAACAUCGUGUUUUGUAUUGACAGGUUUAGAAAUGUGACGCGACUUCUGAUUGAAAACACUUCAGGCUUAUUGCAUGCGACAUACGCGGAGCGUUGCUAACCAGUAGGCGAUCGCAGCUUAGUCUUGAGUGUUGGCGUUUAGGGCGAGGAGUCGCCGGGAGUAGGCUUGUUGAUAUUUUACCCGAUUCGUAAUCGAGUUCCACAAGUCAUGGGAAUCGAUAAUCGGAACACGGUUUGAGUUGAGUUGCAAUGAAACCGAUUGGCAUGCCAACAUUUCUUUUUGGUCAUUUUAUAACUCGGCACAAGCCAUAUUAACAAGAGCUUUACAGCCCGUUAUUCCACUGCGAGAUGGCCUCACCAUGCCCUGCCAGUAUGGGGAAUGGUUGAACAUACUUCACCACCCUGGUUAGGGCGUGUUGGGGAAGGUGAGGUUGAUGAACUGAAGACUUUUUUUCUCCUUUUUCAUUUAAACAUCAAUGCUAAAAACUCGAAAAAACCCUGCUGCAGAGUGCGGCGCACAUGUUGAUGGGGAUGGAAGACAGCCAGAGCCUGUGCUCGCGAUUCGUCUUGGCAGAUUGAAUGGAAAUCGCGCACCGAAGUCUCCGCUGCCCGUGUGGCUCGUUGCCAACCUGCGACGCGCGCCCCCUCGCCACUAAAGUGGUGCGCCAACGCAGAAAUUGCCCACGAACCGAAAAAUCUCCACUAGAAGAGAGUCUUUGUCCCGUGACACGAUGCCAGGAACACGGUUGUAUUUUAGGUGGGGUGGGGGGGGGGUGAACAAACACGUUAUUGUUUUGAAGGUGCUGUUGCCUGAAAUGUUGGCCUGCAGUCCGCAAUUCUUUUACAGUUUUAAGAGUGAUGUUCCUGCCCAGUGGUGAGGGCGUUUUGGUCUAUUUUGUGGGAGUGAGGAAAGAGUGGUGGGGUAUUGGCGAUGUGGCCGAUGGAAAAUGAGCGAGGAUUUGGGGUGGGGGGGGGACACUUAGGACGUGGGCCUGCGUCUCUUGCCAAAGCGACGAUGCAUUUCGGUCACUGGCAGAACGGUGAAUCUGGCCUGUCGACGUGAAUGUCACGCGUGGCUGUGAGAGGGAUGCCUCCCCACCAUCAUUAACGCGGUCGUAGAACACACAAUAUAUGUGAUGCGCCGAGGCUUUUUGGCAGUGGCCCUGGAAAGUUGGACCGUUGCCAAAAAUGUAGUCCAUUAUAUACGAGCGCCAAGGCAGCUUGAGUAGUAAAUGUGAGUUUUUGAAUUUACGCAAGUACACCACUGAAGCUCCUUAGUUUCAAAUAACGUGCAUUUCAAGAAUUGGAUUUAGCUUAGUGUCCUGUUUCCGCGCCUAAUGGGGAUGGUGCACUGCACUUUGACCCUGGCGACUCUGCUCUUGAUUCUCAACCGUGGGCAACAUCGAUGGCAAAUAUCUCAUCGGGUCCUGGGCCCUCUCUCCACGCUGCCCAACCUGGAAGAAUGUCAAACAGCCAUCGCAGCUCACGAAAUGGGGAGGCCAUCCAGCGCUGGAUUGACAGUGCGCUGUACACUUACGUGAUUUAAAUAUAAAUAAUAUUUACAGCCUUUUGUCAAUUAUCCACUGCUGGAUGAAGGGCACCCGAUGGCGUUGUAAUCACCAUUACAAUCCACUGCCGGACUUUGUAAGAGCCCCUUACCACCUGUACCAAGGUGUCCUCGUCGUGUUACACGAAGGCGUCAUUUUAAACAAAUCUCGCAGCUUCGUCUCCCGUUCAUGGAGUGAAGGAACGCCUGACGGAACAAAGGGAAUCGAUCUCCCCACGCGUGCCCUGUGCACGGCACCUCUGAGGAGACGCGGGAUCUGAAACGACGCUGUUUUGUGUUUUUUGUCCCCAAAUAUCUUAAUACAGUUUUUAAAAACGUG